CUGUCUCGAGUGGGAGCUGCAGCCGCCCGCGGGCAGGGAGAGCCCCACCGCCGCUAUGUCCCACUCGGUGGUCCUGCGCGGUCCUUCGCCGUGGGGUUUUCGUUUGGUGGGCGGGAAAGACUUCAGCGCCCCGUUGACCAUCUCCAGGAUUAACCCUGGCAGUAAAGCUGCCAUGGCAAACCUGUGCCCAGGAGAUAUUAUUUUGGCAAUUAAUGGAGAGAACACAGAGAACAUGACACACUUAGAAGCACAAAAUAAGAUCAAAGCAUGCACAGACCAGCUACUGCUCUCCGUGAACAGAACUGAAGGGAAGACCUGGUCAGCCCCCGUUCUGGAAGAUGGCAAGGCUCAGGCAUAUCGGAUCAACGUAGAGCCAGAACCACAGGACAACGGGCCUGCCCAGGGCAGGAGACCAAUGUCGCACGGGGCCGGAGGCAGCCCCAUGGACAACAAGCAGAUGCUGAACGUGCAGCACCAUCACCCGACCCGGCUCUACGCUAACAGCGGCUCAGAGUCAGCGCUGCCGGGCCAGCUGAGCGGGCUCCACAUCAGCCCUGCCCAGAGCCUGGACCCCUUGAAGUCUCUCCCACGGAACAGAAAUGGGAUUGAUGUGGAGUCGGAUGUCUACAAGAUGCUUCAGGAUUAUGAAAAGCCCGUUUCAGAGCCAAAGCAGUCCGGAUCCUUCCGAUACUUGCAGGGCAUGUUGGAAGCUGGUGAGAAUGGUGAAAAACUCGACAAACUGAGCAACCCCCGAAACAUCAAGUCCCCAGUGUCAAAGCUUGGUGGUGCCAUGUCUGGGAUGCAGAUGCUCCCCGAGUGCACCCGCUGCAGGAACGGGAUCGUGGGCACUAUCGUCAAAGCUCGGGACAAGCUCUACCACCCCGAGUGCUUCAUGUGCGACGACUGCGGCCUCAACCUGAAGCAGAGAGGGUAUUUCUUCAUCGAGGAGCAGCUGUACUGCGAGACGCACGCGAAGGAGAGGGUUAAACCCCCUGAGGGAUAUGACGUGGUGGCUGUUUAUCCCAACGCCAAAGUUGAACUUGUCUAAUCCCCGGGCUGUGCUCUGGAGAGGUCGGCAGCCGCGCGCCCACCCACGGCCUCCCCGCCGGCUGCGCAGCGUGGCUGUAAUCAACCCUGAUUACCAAAGCCCAAGUUAAAAUGCCUUUUCCUAGAUAAAACCGUUUACACUUGGGAUCUCCAGGGGAUGGUGUUGAAAGCAUAUGAACAGGUUUUUCCCUUCUUCUUGACUCUCUGCUUUUUGGGUUGCUGUGUUGGGUUAUUAGUCUGUGCCAUAACCUUAUCUAAGAUCUGUGUAAAUAUUGAUUAAUUCUCUACUCUGUUUCAUAUAAAACCAGUAUUCCUUCUCUUUUUUCUUUUUUUUUUUUUGCCCCCAUCCCCUUUCUAGAAAAGCAAGGGAGAUGUUUUAAAAGCUCAAAGAAAAGAAGGCACUUUAACAAAAGAAGCUGACUCCUAUGUCCUGACCUUAAUCUGCUGCCCUGAGGCUGCCCCAGCGAUUUAAGUCUGACCCCCUGAGGAGUCUGGGAGGAGGCACUGGGGGUUGGGGUCCCCAGCUCAGCUCUAUCCCAGUCUCUUAGAACAGUGUUUGCUGUGAAAUUCCCUGGAUCGGGGCACUGCAGUUUGAGGCUGACACAGACCAAUCUGAGUUCCCUGAGAGAUCUCCACACCGAGUGUGUGAUGUGGCUUUUUCUUUCUUCUUUCACUCCUAAUUCAGUUGUUCUCUCUCAUCUAAUCACCCAAGCUCACCUUUAGAGGACACUGACAGCACGGAGCCCACCUUGGCUGUUCCCACUCCCUGCGCUCCUGCCCCACAGCUGUCCUUGCUUUGGCCCUUCUGACUCUUCCCCAGCUUUUGCUAUAUUUUUAUAGUCCUUUAUUUCUAAGUCCUCAGACUGCUGCCAUCUGGGUCUGCCUCCCAGCAGGGGCGUGGGGAUAAAAUCCCUCCAGGCACUUGGAAGUAACUGGAGUGGGGCUGAGCCCAGCUGUGAACCCCAGUUCCAGCUGCAAUGGGUUCAGAUUUAUACCCAAAUCCCAAGACUGCACUUUCACCCAGGUCCAUCACCUGCUUUUUUUGACGGGGAAGAGUUUUUGAGGAUCUUGGGAUGUUGCUUUGUUGGAGAAAUGUUUUUUUCACAUUAGUGUUUGGAGGAGAGAAAGUUUAGUCACCUGGCUGUUGAGUGCUAUCGCAGGUGGUGGGAGGAGCUGUGUGUCUGCUACCAUGAGAUUACUUCUACUUGACAACAAUCUCCUUCCUCCUCCUCACUUGAGAGAGGGUGCACACAGGGAAGAAAAAUAGAUAUUUGUGCUCACAUCCUUUCAGUGGAAAGGGAAAAUAAGUGAUGGAAUGAUGGCCAAAGCACUCCUUCCCCUUCUGGCUCUCCAUAACAAGGGUCUGACAAAUCUGGGACUGGAGGAGGGUCAGCAGCAUUACGCUGGUUGGGGCUGGGCACGCAAUUUCUUCCUACCACUUCUGCACCCCUGAAAGGAAUAACAAUUUUGGGGUGUUACUGAGCUACAUCUAGACCUCUUCAUGUGGUGUCUUAUAAAGGCUGAAGCUACUCCUGCUCUGUGCCCAGCAGCCUCCCAGCCUGGCAGGGCUGGACUGGGCUGCCCGAGUGUGCAUCCUGGCUGCGUCCCACCUCGCAGCUGCAGGGAUACUGGCCCUGCACACUCCUGCUAGCAGCACAACAUCCACCUCCCCUUCCUUCUGCCAACAGGAUUUUUAAUUAUUAAAGUACAAGAGACACUUGGAAAUUUUGUCUGCUGGACCUCGUUUUUCUUGUAUUUGCAUAGCCUUGCUCGGUAGGCUGGACCUCUUGAAAGGGAAUACUUGGGACAACUGUAACUGAGGGGACUAACAAUAAUCAAGUGGGAAGUGUUACUGCCCUUGUUUACAGGUCUUUAUUUGGAGUUCCUUAGUUUGCCAUUGUCAGAAACAUUUGUUCUGAAUUCCUCCAUUAACCCUGUGUGUUUCUGGGCUGAGCUUCAGCGCCCAUGGCUUGGAAGUUCACACAAACUCAGGACUGAAUCCAGCUUGGCUGAGCAAUGGAAGACUCUUGACACGAAUGGUGCUGGGGGCUUUUCCCUUUUUCCAUGCAGAUGGCUGCAGCUGCUGGCAGGAGCUGCAUGUCACACACACACCUGUCUGACUCCAUCUACACAGCAGUUGUGUGUCCUGAGGGGAUGCCAGGUAUGCCUGGCACAGGGAACACCUUAGGAAUUCAUCAGUUGCUUCAGCACCCUCAUUUUGAACACCUGAGUGGGCUGCUGGCAGUGCAUCCUUGGUGGUCUCGCCUGGCUGCUGCACCAGUACAGCCCUGGGAGUGCUGGGCACAAGGCUUUGCUUUAAUUUUGAAACCAGGCUCCCAGAGAGCAAUUUUUCCAUGCAGUUAUCUCGUGAUACCUUUCCUGAGAAGUAAUCAAUUCAUGCCCCAUGGGGGCUGAAGGUGGAGCUGCCUCACAGCAGCCCAUCCCAGGGCCCCUGUAUUCAUGUUAUGGGGUUUGUAGGCACUGCCACAGCAACUCUCCUGUGUCACCAGGUAACACUCCUUCACUCUGUAGAACAUG